AUGGCAUUUCAGAUUGAUCAAGACGGCCUAGCUACGAAGGCUAUCGAGUCACUGAUAAACCAGUGCAAAAAGGACCCAAAAAUCUCCAAUAAUGCUUAUAUUCAGCUCGUUAUUAACACUAACAAGCCGAUAGGAAUUAAAAAUGAUUACGUUCCCCGUAUUAUUCCUCUGCAGCACACUAAAAUGAAUAAGCCUUCAGACUUGCGCAUUUUACUGAUUGUCAAGGACCCCAGCACAAUGUAUCGUGAUGCACUUAAGGCAGACGAAAGUACGGCAGAUAUGUUUGCAGACAUUAUCAGUGUGAAAAACCUCCGUAAGAAAUUUAAAGGUUCCAGGCUGACGCAGCUAUUCAAGGAUUUCGACAUGGUGGUGGCAGAUUAUCGAGUCCACCACCUCCUACCGCACAUCUUGGGCCCUACGUUUUACAAAUCGAACAAGAAAGUGCCCUUUAUAGUGCAGACAUCACGUCAAGUGAAAGAGGGAAAGAAGAAAAUGGUCGAUGAGAUCGACACCAAGUACGUAAGGGCCCAGAUAAGGAGUAUAUGCCGGAAUUCAUGCUACCUUCCAAACUCUGAUAAGUGCUUGAAUGUGCGGGUUGGGCGCCUUGGCGUUCACAGUAUUGAAGACAUCUUACAUAACAUAAGCGAUGUCGUGGAUUUUCUAUGCGACAAGAACAAGAAACCUCAAGGAGGAUGUGUACGUGGUGGAAUAAGGUCAUUGUUCUUGAAGACCAGUAAUAGCACGAGUUUGCCCAUCUACCAGGCGCCAGUUCCGAAAGAACCAGAGCCAUUGGAGGAGGUAACCCUUUAA